CCCCAUCUGCCUGAGAGUUGUGCAAGUUGCCCAUAUGGGUCCCCGAUGCAAUCAGAUGCAAUCCGGCCUGGUUGCCAGAGCCCGAAUGGGAGAAAGGCACAGGCCGCUGCGACCAUAACGGCGGCGGGGGACCUGGCGUUUCGUAGGGAUGGCUGAGUUGCGGUUUACACAAAUCACCUUUGCACCGAACUACCAAGUCAACGUCUGCCUUGUGAGGAUAUUGGCUGGUUUCGCUUCCGAGAUGUCGCCUCCCGCAUCCUUGGGCGCCUCUGCACCCCAUCCAUCGAGAUGCCCCCAGACGCUCGUGGCUCAGCACACGCGCUGGCACACUAGGCUCCUAGGCCACCAUAGCAAAGACAAACCAUGACCGGUAGAUGAUGCU